AUGGAGUGAGAGCGAGUGCCGGGGCCGGAGCUGGCCGGGCGUAGCAAAAGGGGCAGGACAGAGAUGGCCGCGGAGAUGGCGCGGGGGGUCCGGCUCCUGCUCUUCCUCGGUGAGUCUGUUGGAGCUCAAGCUAAGAUAUCCUUUACCAAGGAGCCGUAUUCCCAGGAUGCCUUGCACGGGCGCAGUGCCAUCUUGCGCUGUGAAGUGGGGGGACCAAGUGACAUAGAGUUUGAGUGGCUACAGAAUGGGGUCCCUGUGCAAGACACAGAACGUCGUUUCAAGGAAGGGAGCAAUCUUCAGUUCACCUCUGUUGACCGGCAGCAAGACGGUGGGAACUUCCAGUGUGUGGCCAGGAAUGUAGUGACUGGAGAAGAAGCUCGGACAACAAAUGCAUCUUUCAACAUAAAGUGGAUUGAAACGGGGGGAGUUGUCUUGAAGAACCCAGCCAGGGUGGAAGAUAUACAAAGUUCUGCUCCAGUGACGUUGCGCUGUCAUAUUGAUGGGCAUCCACGCCCAACAAGUCAGUGGUUCCGGGAUGGCACCCAGAUUGUAGAUGAUCGUACCAACUAUUCGGUCAGCAACAAGGAACGCACCUUGACUCUCAGGAGUGCCAGCCCAGAUGACAACGGCAUCUAUUACUGUUGCGCUCGGAACGCCGUGGCCUUUGUGUGCAGCAACAGCAACUUCACUCUGAACAUCAUAGAUGAAAGCUUCCCCCAUCCAGUGAUCGUUCCUGAGAACCAGAUUGUCAAUAAGAAUGAGGAGGCCAUGUUUCAUUGCAAGUUCCAAGCCGUACCACCUCCCACUCAGGAAUGGUUAUUUGAGGAUGAACCUGCUAUUAACAAUCGGACCAAGCCUUCCCAAAGACCCAUGAUGUUUUCCAAUGGCUCUCUACUGAUACCUCAGGUGAAAGGACGUAAUGUUGGAGUGUAUAAAUGUGUUGGCCGUGGACAGAGGGGGAAACCAGUCAUCUUGGAGGCAACCCUGCAAUUGGCAGAAAUUGCAGAUUUUGCCCAACCAUUCGAGCCAAGGACUUUCAUAGCCAACAAAGAGCAGCGUGUGACCUGUGUGGCCCCUCAGGGAGUGCCUGAACCCUGGGUUUGGUGGGAGAGAAACAGUGUUCAGAUCCCCACGACUGGAAGAGUACGGCAAGAAGCUGAGGACCUUGUCUUUGCUAGCAUUGGAGAAAAGGAUGCUGGGAUAUACACCUGCCAUGCAGUGAACAAGGCUGGAGAAAAGAAGCAAGACCUGACCAUCACAGUAGCCACCAUACCAAAAUGGGUGGAAAAGCCCAAGGACAGUCAGCUAGAAGAGAGUAAACCAGGCUACCUCCAUUGUCUCAGCAAAGCCUCUCUGAAGCCCACAGUCACCUGGUUUCGCAAUGGCUUCCCCAUUUCGGAGGAUUCCCGUUUUGAAAUUGCUGAGAAUGGGACGCUACGUAUUAACAAUGUGGAGGUGUAUGAUGGGACAGUGUUCAAGUGUGUGAGCAGCACUCUUGCUGGAAGUAUUGAGGAACAGGCUCGUGUCCAUGUUCUGGAGAAGCUGAAGUUUACUCCUCCUCCUCAGCCCCUACAAUGUGUUGAGUUCGAUAAAGAGGUCUCCGUAUUCUGCUCAGCCACAGGCCGAGAAAAGCCUACAAUCCAGUGGAUUAAAACCGAUGGGAGUAGCCUGCCAGCUUGGGUCAGUUACAACACUGGAAACCUGCACUUCCAUAGAGUAACGAGGAGUGAUGCUGGGAAUUACACUUGCAUCGCUUCCAACGGCCCACAGGGAGAGAUCAGAGCAACCGUCCAUCUCACAGUAGCAGUUUACAUAAGCUUUAGGCUGAAGCCAGAGGAUACUACAGUAUAUCCAGGACACACAGCCGUGUUCCAAUGCCAAGCUGAAGGUGACCCACUGCCGCAAAUCCAGUGGAAAGGGAAAGACAGGAUUCUGGAACCUGAAAAAUUCUUGCCCAGGAUCCAAAUUAUGCCCAAUAACUCCCUGGUGAUAUAUGAUGUCACCACUGAGGAUUCUGGCAAGUAUACAUGCAUUGCCGGCAACAGUUGCAACAUCAAGCAUCAUGAGGCCUUUCUCCAGGUUGUAGACAAACCAGUAGCAGAACGGGGUAAUGAACCAAACAGCCACACGCCCUAUAAAAUGAUCCAGACCAUAGGGCUAUCUGUUGGCGCUGCAGUGGCAUACAUAAUCAUUGUCCUGGGCCUCAUGUUCUAUUGCAAGAAGAGGAGAAAGGCAAAGAGACUGAAGAAGCAGCCAGAGUGUGAGGAGCCAGAGAUGGAAUGCCUGAAUGGGGGCGUUUUGAUGCAAAAUGGGCAGACAACCGCUGAGAUCCAAGAAGAAGUGGCUCUGACCAACCUUGGCAGCUGCUCUGCCAACAAGAGGCACAGCGCUGGUGACAAGAUGCACUUCCCCCGCUCCAACUUGCAGACAAUCACUCCCUUGGGGAAGGGUGAGUUUGGAGAAGUCUUCCUGGCCAAGGCAAAAGGCAUUGAGGACAAUGAAACUGAAGUACUUGUUUUGGUGAAGAGCCUUCAAACAAGGGACGAACAGCUGCAGCUGAACUUCAGGCGAGAGUUUGAGAUGUUUGGCAAACUCAACCACAGCAAUGUGGUGCGGCUGCUUGGCCUUUGCCGGGAAGCAGAGCCUCACUAUAUGGUUCUAGAAUAUGUGGAUCUGGGUGACCUGAAGCAAUUCCUGAGGAUUUCCAGGACUAAAGACGAGAAACUCAAGCCUCAGCCUAUUAGCACAAAACAGAAGGUAUCCUUCUGCUGCCAAGUAGCAUUGGGGAUGGAGCAUCUCUCCAACAGCAGAUUUGUACACAAAGACUUAGCAGCUCGGAACUGUCUUGUCAGUGCACAAAGGCAGGUGAAGGUAUCAAGCCUGAGCCUCAGCAAGGAUGUUUACAACAGCGAAUACUAUCACUACCACCAAGCCUGGAUCCCGCUCCGCUGGACGCCCCCUGAAGCUGUCUUAGAGGACGAAUUCUCCACCAAGUCCGACGUUUGGUCCUUUGGGGUCGUCAUGUGGGAAAUAUUCACACUGGGGGAAAUGCCCUAUUCCAAACUGGCGGAUGAAGAGGUGCUGGCAGGUUUACAGUCUGGGAAGAUGAAGCUUCCUCACCCCGAGGGUUGCCCUUCUAAGCUCUAUAAGGUGAUGCAGCGCUGCUGGGCUCCCAGCCCGAAGGACCGCCCGUCUUUCAGCGAGAUCGCCAACAUGCUGGGAGAAAGCCCGUCGGAAAGCAAAGCCUGAGAAAGGGGAAUGCCAGCCCCCGUUGCUGGCGUCGGGAUGGGCAGAAACCUCGUCUUGGCAUUGUGACUGUUACAGACUCUCAAACGGGGCCUAAGAGUCAAAACCCAAAGGGACCAUGGAUUUUUACACUAAUGGACAACGGCCGUGGCCGUGACCCCCUUGACCUGAGGCCUCUUCAUCAGGCCCCAUUCCCCUGGGCCUGACCCCUGGCUGCAUUCCUCCAGGUUCUACCUCUGGUACCCACAGGGCUAAUUAACAUCAUCCAUGCGAUACAGGGAAUGCUGGGAGCAACCGCCACAGGCCAGUUUCACAAUGGGCGCCUGUGGCACGGUUUCGGGAGUUCUCCGUCUUGGCACAUCUAACCCUUUUCCUUUUCUUGAAUCCUUUUCACAAAAAAGCACAGGCAGGUUCCUUCCAGGAGAGAGUCUUAAUUUGCGGGAGGGGGAGCAAGCAGGGUGGUGGUGGAUUUGUGCUGCUGAGCAGUUGUCAGGGUUUAGGGAGGAGGCACUGAAAGGUCUAAAGUGAGGCCUCAGCAAGGCAGCAAGCCCUGUCCAGUCCCCCACCUGAGUGAUCAGAGAGAGGCUGUCAGCUUCCAUGUUGACAGCACCACAUCCUGCAUCCUCCUUUAUUUUCCAUAUGGAGCAGCUGCAGCUGCCACCUCUGCACCUGGUCGUUUCUGAACCUGCCAACCUUCUCCAACUUUGGCUUCGGGCGGCCCUCAGGCCCAGGGUGUCAGCUCCAUCCAUGACCACAUCUCUGCCAUUUCCUUGGAAGCAGCCCCUUGCACAGGAUCUAGUGUCCACCCACACUGGAAAGGAGGCCCCUUCCACCACCCCCACCACAUGUGGUCCACUCCUUAAGUCAAUAAGGAACCUGUAUAUUUAUUAAGCAGUACUUUUGUCUCUCUCCUCCUGGUACUGUCGGUCUGUCAGGCCUUCUGGCAUAUCCAAAAAGGAGCAACGAACACUAAGUGCCUGGCAUAUGAAGGAGAUUUUCACUAGCUUUCCUGACUAUCCAAUGCCGCCUUUUUAUAUGAUUAUUUGGGGCAAAGUUUGUUUUCCUUUCUUAAUUUUUUUU